CCCCUGUCACUAUGUUCGUCUGCUAGGAUGAAAUCAUGUAAUUGCCAUGGAGUUAACCGUGGAUUGUUGUGAUGUUUUCUCUAAUAAUUCCAAUAAAGACCCUUAUAAUAUUGUUGAAAGUUUGAAAAAGAUCUGUACUAACUUUAGAUGUAGAAAUCCCACCUUACUUGAUAAAGCAGGUUUGGGUGUAUCGACGUUUUGUGCGGCCAAUCAUCCGGUUGAAUCUUGUGGUAGUAAUGGACUACCUUUAACACCAAAUUCUGUCCAAAUCCUUGGAAAAUUUCAGUCCCUUUCCCAGCUUGAGCACCCUAACCUGUGCGCUUAUGUUGAAAUAUGCCGCAUUCAACAUGAGAGAGUUAUUGUUGUGGCUGAGCAUUACUCAACUUCUUUGCAAACACUGAUCUUGAAAAAGAAAAUAUUUGGAUUAGAUUUACAAAUCCAUAUCACCAGAUCGAUAAUAGAAGCUCUUCGAUAUCUUCAUAGUAAAAAUGUUGUUCACCAGAACUUUCAUUCCAAAAAUAUUCUCAUAUCUUCAGAAGGGAGAGUCAAACUCAGUGCCUAUGGGAUAUAUUAUAUGACUCAAUCUAGUACCCUUGUCUCCUUUCCAAUAGGUUAUCCAAAGUAUUUAGCGCCUGAAGUUUUACUUCUUGGCUAUGAUCCAUCAAAAUCAUGGUUUGAUAAAUCUACAGUCUGUGAUGAAACUUUAACUCUGUACAGCUCCAAGCCAAAGUCAGAUAUUUGGUCAUUGGGAAUGAUUCUCCUUGAAAUGGCACUUGGGAUGGAAUUUUUGAGUGAAUCAAGAUCUAAACUAUGGAACACACUAAGAAAAGUUAUGAGCUGGAUCCAUGCAAGAGGAAGUGCUGUUGAAAGAAUUGUUGCAGAAGCAGAGGCUACUGAGCAGUGGAAGAGUGUCCAACCAGAAUUGAAGGAAGUAAUUGAAAGUUGUCUUCAAGUUCUUCCCGAAAAUCGACCCACAGCUGAUCAAUUACUAAAAUACCCUCUAUUCGGCUCACGAUUCAACGUACCCGCUGCAGUUUUCAAGUUUCCUGCACAACCACUUCAACCAGAUUUGCUUCGAAUUCAUCAAUUGAUGAGUAAGCUACCAUUGUCCGAAGUGUACCACUUUUGGCACCUUGUUGGCGGUGAUGUAGAAGCUGAAUUAAGAAAAGCAGGAAUAUUGAGAAACAAACCAGCGAUAUUUUCUCUUCCUUGUCUUGUACUUGAAGAAGGAGAAUCGUUCGGACAAACCAAGGAUCGAACUACUCUGUUUGAUGAUUCCGUGGUUGAAAUAUCAUUAGAGGCUCUUUUGCGACGUUUGCAGCAUCUCCCGUCUUCAGUUUUUGAUCCUUUAAUGGAUGACGUGGGUUACGUACUAUUCAGCAUUAACGAUCACCAGACGCUGAGGGAAGCGGCUCAGUUACCGCUAGUAAUAAAAGAAAAGGACAUCGAUUAUCAACUUUACCGCAUUGUCAUGUUUGACAAACAGCUUCGAGGGUAUCCUUUGACGAGACAAGCUAUCGUCAAAGAGGCCCGUGAGGACGUUCCACCUUUCUGCCGAGCACGGGUCUGGGCAGCAUUACUGAAAGUUGAUCCGUCUUAUUCAGCCAUGUAUGCGGCCAUCGAUAAAGAAACAAGUCACUCCUCUGACAGACAGAUUGAAGUUGAUAUUCCUCGCUGUCACCAAUACAUGGAUUUGCUUGCAUCUCCCGAGGGUCACGCCAAAUUUAAGCGGAUUUUGAAAGCUUGGGUCAAUCAACAUCCGCAAUAUGUUUACUGGCAAGGCCUCGAUUCGCUUACCGCUCCCUUCUUGCUUCUUCAUUUUAAUGACGAAGCAUUAGCGUAUGCCUGCCUCGCUGCGUUCAUACCAAAAUACUUAAAUAAUUUCUUCUGGAAAGACAAUUCAUCAGUUAUUCAAGAAUAUCUCGCCAAAUUCUCACAUCUAAUUGCCUUUCACGAUCCAGUUUUGCGUAACCAUUUGGACUGCAUUGGAUUCGUGCCUGACCUAUAUGCGAUCCCUUGGUUUUUGACUAUGUUUGCUCACGUGUUUCCGCUUCACAAAAUUUUUCAUUUGUGGGACAAGUUGUUGCUAGGGAAUUCCUCGUUCCCUCUUUGCAUAGGCCUGGCUGUGUUACAGCAACUCCGAGAGUCUUUAUUAGAAUCAGGAUUCAACGAAUGUAUUCUCCUUUUCUCGGACAUGCCUGAAAUUGACAUUGAACGAUGUUUGAAAGAUUCUAUAGAAAUAUUCUGUAGCACGCCUCAAAGCGUUACUUUCCGACAACACGAACCACCCUCAGUCAGUCCAAAAGGCAACAGAUCUUUCUGGGAUUUCAGUCUAAUUGGAUCUAACUGUAUGGAUGAUGAUGAAGAGAUUGACACGAGCUCUCUCGCAAUGGAUUCUAUUCCAGUAGCCACUUUAAAAUCGGAACGCUGUCCUCGUAUCAGCGCUGAAGAUUUCAUUGAACUAUUGGAUUUGAAUCACAAAAGAUUUGCUCGUCCAAAAAUGGUAGUUGUCGAUGUCCGGAAUGCCAACAAAUUCCAGAAUGGUGCCGUGCCCGGUAGUAUAAAUCUCCCGUAUCAAACCUGUUGGACAACAGACGGAACUCUCAUACCGUGCGAACAAUUGGAGCAAUUGGACAGAGCUCGUGGCAAGAUCGUCUGUGUGAUAGGAAGUAGCUGUAACGAUCUUGGCCUUAAAUUUUCAGAAAUUCUUCUCGACUUACAAUGGCCUCGAGUUUGCACCUUACAUAAAGGAUUUGAUGUAUUACUUAAAACUCAAAUACUCGUAGUUCCGGCUGCUGUCGGAAUGUGCUGAGCAUUCAACCAUUACGUAUUAAGGAACAUGGCUCCAGUUGAAUUCAAUGCCACCUCGCCGUGAGUUAAACCAGUCCACCAAUAAAAGAGUUAUGCAAUAUCA